GAAAACAAACCAAAGCCAAAGCCAAAGCCAAAACCCACCCCUCAUUUCAUUUCUCCUCCAUACACUACAAGAUAAGGGAAAAAAAAAUCUCCCCCACCAACAAAAGAGACCAUCUUCCUCUUCUUCUUCUUCUUCUUCUUCUUCUUCUCCACUCCCUCAACAACUGAGAGAGAAAGAAGAGGAAAAAAGAAUGGCAGUUUGUACAGUGUACACAACCCAAUCCCUAAACUCAACCUUCACAUCCUCAACCACAAAAUCCCAUUUGGGCUUCCACCAAAAGCACCACCACCACCACCAACUGGUUCUCUUCAGCAGCAAUGGGAAGAAAUGGUGGAGCAGUAAAAGAGACGAUCAGAGCAGCGUGGCCAACCGCUACGUGAUCACCUGCUCGGCGGGUGGGCAACAGACAGUGGUGAUUGGUCUAGCAGCAGAUUCAGGGUGUGGGAAAAGCACUUUCAUGAGGAGGCUAACAAGCGUGUUUGGAGGGGCAGCAGAGCCACCAAAGGGCGGCAACCCAGACUCAAACACACUCAUCAGUGACACCACCACCGUGAUAUGUUUAGAUGACUAUCAUUCACUGGACAGAACAGGGAGAAAAGAAAAGGGAGUCACAGCACUUGAUCCAAGAGCCAACGAUUUUGAUCUUAUGUAUGAACAAGUUAAGGCCCUUAAAAAUGGCGUGGCUGUUGAUAAGCCUAUUUACAAUCAUGUCACUGGCCUUCUUGACCCUCCUGAGCUCAUUAAACCACCUAAAAUCCUUGUCAUUGAGGGCUUACACCCCAUGUAUGAUUCAAGAGUAAGAGACCUGUUGGACUUCAGUAUCUACUUGGACAUCAGCAAUGAAGUUAAAUUUGCAUGGAAAAUUCAGAGGGACAUGGCUGAGAGAGGGCACAGUCUAGAGAGCAUCAAAGCGAGUAUCGAAGCUCGAAAACCCGACUUCGACGCCUAUAUUGACCCACAGAAGCAAUAUGCAGAUGCAGUGAUUGAAGUGCUACCAACAAAGCUAAUUCCAGAUGAUAAUGAAGGAAAAGUGUUGAGAGUAAGGCUGAUAAUGAAGGAAGGGGUGGAGUUUUUUGAUCCAGUUUAUUUGUUCGAUGAAGGCUCUACGAUUUCUUGGAUUCCUUGUGGAAGAAAGCUCACUUGUUCUUACCCUGGCAUCAAAUUCUCUUAUGGCCCUGAAAUUUACUAUGGCAAUGAGGUAUCCGUACUGGAAAUGGACGGGCAAUUCGACAGACUCGACGAGCUGAUCUAUGUCGAAAGCCAUUUGAGCAAUCUGUCGACAAAUUUCUACGGCGAAGUGACUCAACAGAUGCUGAAGCACGCGGACUUCCCCGGAAGCAACAAUGGCACAGGCUUCUUCCAAACCAUAGUCGGAUUGAAGAUCAGAGAUCUGUUCGAGCAGAUUUCUGCCAGCAAAGCCAAGGCGCCGGUCGAGGCCGCAAAAGCUUGAAGUUACUGUGGUGAGUGUUUUUCUCAGUCGCCGCGCCGGCCGAUGUCUGGAUUUAGCUUUUCAAUUCAAGCGUUGUGUUGUAUUGUUGUAGUCUGAGCUUUAUAGGCUGUUUUACAAUGAAUUAUUGUUCUGAAAUUCCUGAUCGGUGGAGAUUUGUAAUGUAAAAAACAAACAAACAAAAGAAUCGAAAGCGGAAAUGAUAUGCAAAAUUCGAAGUUUCUGCAGA